GUUAUCCCCGUCACAGCCUGCGGCGGAGGCGGCGGCGCGAUUGGAGGAUCCGCCACCAAGACCACAGUCGUUCGGCGGCGGCGGCGCGAUUGCUAGAGGAGGUUCGGUUGGUUCCUCGAUCGGGUUCCAAGAAAGAAGAUGAGUGCGGCGGGUGUGAAGAGGUCCAGCCUAGACGGUCCCUUGCCGGAGAAGAAGAAGAAGAAGGUGAUUGUGUGGAGAGAUCCAGACGCGUGGGUUAUCAGCGAUGCCGACUUGGCCAAGAUGAAACGCGAGGAAGAAUCAGCUCCCCCGCCUGUGAAAAUCCCUACGCUCGAUUACUUCAAACCCCCGACCCGGUUUCACACUGCCGAGCUCUUCUCCGUCAGUGAAUCUGGAAGCAAGGCGGUGCUCUCUGCUGCCAAAUUCCUUCUAGGGGUUUCAUCCUCUCUUGACGGUGAACCGCUGAGACGCUGCUCCGGCUUCUGGGUCGAUUGGGACAAGGAGAAGAAAACCGGCCUUGUUUUGACAACUGCGUGGCUGAUUCGCACAAAGGAUGCUCCUUUCAGUGUCUGGUCAGGCGGCGAAGAGUAUGCCCCUCAUGCUGAUGUCACUGUUCAUUUGCUAAAUGGCACCAGUGCAAAGGGCACGCUGGUCUACUAUCAGCCCCAUUACGAUAUUGCUUUCUUGAAUGUCGAAGUGGAUCAACCAAUCAAGUUACCAACUUUUUGUGAAAAGGAUGUAAAAUUUGCUGAAGACAUUUUUCGGCUCGGAAGAGACAAUUCCUUAAAUCUAAGGAUAACAUAUGCUAGGGCAGAAUAUCGGAAUCCAAACAUGUACCGGCGGUACCACAAUGUGCACUUCCGUUCUCCAGAUGGCCAUGGUGAUGAUAAUGCGUAUGACAAUGGGGGACUAGUCAUUGACUUGAAGGAGAAAGUUGUCGGAAUGGUCAACCUCCCUAAGAGAUUUGGGUCUUUUAUACCGUCUUCCAUUUUGCUCAAUUGUUUGGAUUCAUGGAAGAAACAUCGGUACAUCGCUCGGCCCCAUCUUGGGAUGACGUUUGAGGCCAUCAAGCUUCUAGAGCCUGCUCAUGUUGAUAUGUUAUGGCGUAUGUAUAACAUUGAUCAUGGUCUUAUUGUUCAAGAGGUGUCGAAAGGAUCUAAUGCUGAGAUACUCGGAAUCCAAAAAGGUGAUGUUAUUGAAUCUAUCAAUGGAAAACCUGUUUCUACCACAAUUGAGUUGGAGAAUAUGCUGAUGAGCACAUGCAAGGGCCUUGCUGAAGUUCAUAUUUCUGUUGGGGUGUUUCACACACUUAAAGAAGAACGAAGCACCGUAGAGUUGAGUGCAAAAUUAUCAAAACUUGGAGAAGUUAUUACAAGCUAGACUCUGGAAGUGGCUGACAGAAGAGGGAUGCCAGGCUACUGGAUGUUGUUUCUGUGGUGGGCCGUGGGCGUACUGUGAUAGAUACUUAGCUAUGACCACAUAUAUGUACUCUAGUCUCUAGCUAUAUUAGGAGUAACAUCUUUAUUUGUAAUGUACUCCCUCUGUUCCUAAAUGUAAGUCUUUGUAGAGAUUCCACUAGGUGGACUACAUACGAAACAAAAUGAAUGAAUCCAUACUUAAAAUGCAUCUAUAUACAUCCGUAGUUCAUAGUAAAAUCUCUACAAAAACUUAUAUUUAGGAACGGAGGAAGUAUAUAGUGCCAAAGUAGUAACCCCUUGUGAGAUUCUCCGUUCUGCCAUAAUGACUGCCGAGAGGUUUAUAUAUACAUUAUUGAGACCCCUCAGAGGGAGAGA